CAUCCUUAUUGAUUCGCUUCGCCUGGCUCUGAGUCGGCUGCUGUCAACCUGUCCCCUGUUGGCGUUAGCUAGCUUGAAUCCGCGGUGAUAUCCUUCAGUUAUGACUUUUAACAGUGCUUUACCUCAGUGACAUCAAGCCAGUUACUGUAUUUACGUUAAUUAGCAACAUCUGUUGAGGACCAUGGGGCUUCCGCAGAGCUCGUUUUUGUCGGACGGGGGAACUCACAGUGGAUAUCAUGUCCACGGGCUCCAAGAGGAGUCGCCGGCUCGGAGGGCGGGUCUGGAGCCUUUCUUUGACUUUAUUCUCUCCAUCGGAAACACGCGACUUAAUAAAGAAAGUGACUUGCUGAAUUAUCUUCUAAAAGCCAAUGUGGAGAAAGCAGUCAAACUUGAAGUAUUCAACUCAAAAAGCCAGCGGGUGAGGGAACUGGAGGUGAUACCCAGUAACAUGUGGGGGGGUCAGGGUCUGCUGGGCGCCAGCGUCCGCUUCUGCAGCUUCGAAGGAGCCAACGAGAACGUUUGGCAUGUUUUGGACGUGGAAGCUAAUUCCCCUGCUGCAUUGGCUGGCCUUAUCGAUCACGAUGACUUCAUCGUAGGAGCUGACCAGGUGUUGCAAGAUUCAGAGGAUUUCUUUUCUUUGAUUGAAGCCAAUGAGGGGAAACCUCUGAAGCUGCUUGUGUACAACACUCAGACUGACCACUGCAGAGAGGUGGUAGUAACACCAAAUGGAGCGUGGGGAGGAGAGGGAAGCUUGGGCUGCGGCAUCGGCUACGGCUACUUGCACAGAAUCCCGACGCGUCCAGCUCCGCCUCAAUCCACCGGCACAGACGACGGUGAAGAGCUGGUUGCAAGCGGCCACGCUGAGCAGGUGCCUCCCAGCGCUGCAGGUCGUCCCUCUGCUGUCCGUGAAAUCGAUUUGAAUCCAAUGGAAGGAGCCGUGCAGGACAUGCGUGCACCCUCGUCUACUCAGCUGGCCGUGGACUUGGAUAUUUCCAGUGGAUCCAAAGCGGUGACUCCAGACGUGUCGGACACGGUUUCCACCAACGACACGGGCCAGAGCUCCAUGUUUGCUGAUUAUGGAGAUGACUCCAGCGAUCCGUGCAGCUUGGAUAUAUCAUCCUUUGACCAAAGACCUUUAUCCCCAGAGAGGGAAGAAGAAUCUGACCCCCGGGAGGCCGAGCAGAAGGAAGUCACCCACCAGAUCGCAAACACUUCUUUGAGCAGAGAGACCGGGGACGACCUCGCAGGCCUUGAAGUCGCCACAGAGGACCCGAGUGACGCGAGUAUCCCCGAGGUGCAAAAUACCCGUUCUGAGCCCUCAGUGAAUGUCAUAGAGGAGGAGACGGCUGCGUCACACUGUUAGGAUGACCGGAGCGUCAUAACUGGUGAUUGGUGCAUAGGAGGGGAUUUAGGAUGCUUACCAUGUGAUUGUAAGUGGCAUCACUGGCACUUGUUUAAUUUUUAAGAGUUUAUGUAAAUCCAGGUACCAUUACUGCAUGCUGAAUUGCACAUGAGAGAUGGUUUGUACUCCAUGAAUGUACUCCUUAAUUUAGUCAUCGUCUCAACAUCAUGCAGGAUGAAGCCUUAGUUGAGUCUUAGUUGCUGUCUAAAGGCAUCCUAGUUUGCACUAAAAAGCCAAGGGUUAUUCAUAUUUUAUUAUAUAAUGUUUUGUCUGGUCCCAAUUAUCACCUGCUGAAUAGUCUGAAUCGCUGUUAGAAGAAGUUUGAGCUGCCGUCCACGCAGAUCCAUCAUGUUUCCCGUUGGAUGCUUUUAUUUUGGAGUUUAAGUACCUGUGAAAAGAUCUUUUAAACCUCAGGCAUUUACCAUUUAAGCCACUUUGCCUUGCGUCUCAUUUUAAAUACCUGCCUUUCUUGUGUUUUUUUUUUUUUUAUACACAUAAUCCCUUUGUAUAGAAUUUUAUUCAAUUUUAUGGAUGGAUGGAACAGGUUUUUUUUGUUGUUGUUUUUUAUUUGAAAGAAGAUGCUCAAGAAAUACCUGCUGUAGUCAGAUGUUUUACUCUA